AUGGAGCGCCCCUCAAAAAGAGUCAGAAUCUCAUCAGAUUCCGGUAAUGGCUCGGCAACACCCCUGACGUCUUUACACAGGGCCAUUAGCCCACCAUUACCACGAGGCAGUCCCCGGCUGGCUGAUGGUGAAUUGACUGAUGGCCCUGAAGGCACUGUUCGCCCUGUCCAGCUUGUCAAUUCGCCAGUACAACUUACCCAUAUUCGCGAUUUACCAACUGGUAACAAUGUCGAUACCAUCCGACUACGUGACAUUCUCGGAGAUCCCAUGAUCCGUGAAUGCUGGCAGUUUAAUUUCCUGUUCGAUGUGGAUUUUCUCAUGGCACAAUUUGACGAGGAUGUCCGAGCUCUGGUGAAAGUCAAGGUUGUGCAUGGAUCGUGGCGCAGAGAGGAUUCGAAUCGGAUUCGAAUUGAGGAAACAUGUUCGCGAUAUCCUAAUGUUGAGCCUAUUGUCGCCUAUAUGCCGGAGCCUUUCGGGACACAUCAUUCCAAGAUGAUGAUUCUUCUUCGGCACGAUGAGCUAGCUCAAGUUAUUAUCCAUACGGCAAACAUGAUCCCUCUGGACUGGACCAAUAUGACACAAGCCGCCUGGCGCUCUCCACUGCUUCCCCUGCAGAAGGCAAGUUUCGCAGGAUCUCAGACAGACGCAAAAGUAGGCUCGGGCGCACGAUUCAAAAGAGAUAUGCUCGCCUAUCUGAAAGCGUAUGGACCUAAAAAGACCGGCCCGCUAGUGCAGCAGUUGGACAGCUAUGACUUUGGCGCUAUUCGCGCUGCCCUCAUCGCUAGUGUCCCAUCCAAAAAGCACGCCAGUGAUUCCAGCUCAGAAGAGGAUACACUAUGGGGCUGGCCUGCUCUGAAAGACUUGAUGGGCCAAAUACCCAUCCAGCAGAAAACCACAACCAAGAAACCACAUAUAGUAAUCCAGAUCUCUUCAGUAGCAACCCUCGGCCAAACAAACAAAUGGCUCAAAGACGUCUUCUUCAAAGCCCUCACCCCAACCACACAACCAACAACCUACUCAAUAAUCUUCCCAACCCCAGACGAGAUCCGUCGCUCCUUAAACGGCUACAACUCCGGCGGCUCAAUCCACAUGAAAACCCAAAGCGCAGCACAACAAAAACAACUCCAAUACAUGCGUCCCUACCUCUGCCAGUGGGCAGGCGAUUCCAUCCCCCCAGGCCAAUGCAUCGACUUAUCCGAAGACGAUCCGCCAAAACGCGAAGCAGGCCGCGCCCGCGCAGCUCCACAUAUCAAAACUUACAUCCGUUUCGCAGAUUCAGAUAUGAAGACUAUUGACUGGGCGAUGGUGUCGUCGGCGAAUCUGUCCACGCAGGCGUGGGGUGCGGCGACGAAUGCGAGUGGCGAGGUGCGCAUUUGUAGCUGGGAGAUUGGCGUUGUUAUUUGGCCGGAGCUUUUCCGAGAUGGGGGUUUUGGCGAUGCUGCAUCUGCAUCUGCUUCUGAAUCUCGAGCGGAGGGGAAAUCGCCCGCGCCGGACGCAUUGAUGAUUCCCUGCUUUAAACGGGAUCGUCCUGUUGUGUCUGAAGGGGCAGAGACGGCUUCUGUGGUCGUCGGGUUCCGGAUGCCUUAUGAUCUUCCGUUGACACCGUAUGGUGCAGGUGAUGAGCCGUGGUGUGCGACUGCUUCGCAUCCUCUGCCGGACUGGCAGGGGCAGAGCUGGAUUGUAUAA